CUCGCAGUAUAGCUGCUCUCUCUCUCUCUCUCUCUCUCUCUCUCGUUGAUCUCCAUUUUCAAGGUUUAGCUCGCUGUCCACUCAUAAAGAGAGUUUUUGGUAGGUUGGCCAGCAACUCUAGAUCAACGCUCCGCUCCGUCGAUGAUCAAUUGAUGGCGGACUGAACCUGAACCUUCUUCCGUUCGGAGGACGCGGCAUCAAACAUUAAUUCAGUACUGUUUGUUUCUUCUGGCCAGAUUGAUGUGAUGAUUCUCAACUUCGUCGUCAAUGAUUCCGUCAUGUAAUCUGUGUUAGUUUGUUGAUCCGUUAGAAUAUGCGCAUUGUGUUUCUUCGGUAUAAACACUCCAGGUAAAAAAGCAACGAUGACUUGUCAGAUAAUCUCUUUCUUGAAAACAAAAUUUCUUGUCACCUGUUAUAUAUCAGCUAUCAGGUCGAGAAACAUAUUUCAAGCAUGAACUGUAGUCUGUAGCAGUUCAUUCGGCUAGAUUUUUUCUUCCUCUUCUUGUUAUCAUAUCUGAUGGAAAUCAAUUAAAGUCUGAUCAGGUGUUAUUCGGUACGUAUAUAUACUAUUUCUAUGUCCUGUACGCGUUCCAAGAUGAAUCCUGGUUGAUAUAUCAGAGCUUGAAGCUGUUAAAAAGUUCGUGAAGAACAGAAGAGCUGUUCUGUGUCAAGCAAAAUGGAGACUAAGGGAAUAGACGCACCGGCGCAUGGCGGUGCGCUGAACAAGAGAGUUGGCCGGGAGAGUGGCAGGUUAAACCUGCCAGACCCUAGUAGAGAUCAUGAGCAAGACCUCGUGGAGAUCUCACUCGACAUCCACGACGACUCGGUGUCGGUUCGCAGCGUCAGGCCUGCGGGAAGAGGAGGAGCGGAGGAGGAAGACCCGGAGGUGAAAUUGCUACCCAUGGGACUGGAGGAGAGAGCGUAUGCUUUCAGUACUUCUUCUUCUUCUGCACGGCGAAAUGCUUCUUUCCGGAUCAAGCAGGCCCUGUCGUUCAAGCGUUUGGUGUCCUCCUCCAAGCGGGCGAACCAGGGCCGCCGCUUCGACAGAGCCAAGUCUGCCUCGGCUCAUGCUCUCAAGGGCCUCAAGUUUAUCACCUGCAAAAGCGACGGUGGCGCCGCCUGGGCCACCGUCGAGAGCCGCUUCAACCACCUGACUGCAGCCUCCAACGGCUUGCUUCCUCGCUCACUCUUCGGUGAAUGCAUAGGGAUGAAUACGGAGUCCAGAGAAUUUGCCGGCGAGCUAUUCGAUGCACUCGCCCGGAAGCGGAACAUAACAGGUGAUUCAAUCAAUAAGGAGCAGCUAAGAGAGUUUUGGGACCAAAUCUCCGACCAGAGCUUUGAUUCACGGCUUCGAACUUUCUUUGACAUGGUUGACAAAAACGCAGAUGGGAGAAUCACUGAAGAAGAAGUCAGAGAGAUAAUCAGUCUCAGUGCUUCUGCCAACAAGUUGUCUAAUAUACAGAAGCAUGCUGAUGAAUAUGCUGCAUUGAUCAUGGAAGAGUUAGACCCUGAUAAUAUUGGAUAUAUCAUGAUAGAGAACCUGGAGGCACUUUUGUUGGAAGCUCCAAACCAUCCUGCAAGAGCCGAAAGCAAAAACUUGAGCAAAAUGCUGAGCCAAAGGCUUAAGCCUACAUUGGAACCUAAUCGAUUAAGGAGAUGGCUACAAGACACCCAGUACUUCUUACAGGAUAACUGGCAAAGAGUAUGGGUGAUGGUGCUCUGGAUUGGGGCUAUGACUGCUCUAUUUGUGUGGAAGUUUUUGCAGUAUCGGAACAGAGCAGUCUAUGGUGUGAUGGGCCAUUGUGUUUCCAUGGCAAAAGGUGCAGCGGAGACUAUUAAGUUGAACAUGGCACUGAUUUUACUGCCUGUCUGCCGGAAUUUUGUCACCUGGCUAAGAAACAAAACCAACUUAGGAGUUGCAGUUCCGUUUGAUGACCAUCUCAAUUUUCACAAAGUGAUAGCCGUGGCAGUUGCAAUUGGUGUUGGAAUACAUGCCGUAUUUCAUUUAACUUGUGACUUCCCCUGCCUUCUUCGUGCUAAUCCAACUGAGUAUGAGCCAAUGGUGCAGUAUUUUGGGCCACAGCCUUCAACUUACUGGUAUUUUAUGAAGAGUUUUGAAGGUAUCAGUGGGAUUAUCAUGACACUGUUGAUGGCAAUAGCCUUCACAUUAGCAUCUCCGUGGUUUCGGAGAAGUAGGGUGAACCUUCCUAGACCCUUCAAGUAUCUCACUGGAUUCAAUGCCUUCUGGUAUUCACACCACCUUUUCGUCAUUGUCUACUCUCUGCUCAUUGCUCAUGGUUCUAAGCUUUACCUAACCCAUAAAUGGUACAAGAAAACGACCUGGAUGUACUUGGCAGCUCCAAUUGCUCUUUAUUUUUGCGAGAGAUUGAUUAGGGCAUUCCGAUCCAGCAUCAAGGCUGUUCAAAUACUGAAGGUGACUGUUUAUCCUGGAAAUGUAUUGGGGCUUCACAUGUCAAAGCCUCAGGGUUUCAGAAACAAGGGCGGGCAAUACAUGUUUGUCAAUUGUGCUGCUGUGUCACCAUUUGAAUGGCACCCAUUCUCCAUUACUUCAGCCCCUGGAGAUGACUACCUAAGUGUUCAUAUUCGAAUUGUUGGUGAUUGGACACAGCAACUCAAGACUGUGUUCUCAGAGGUGUGUCAGCCGCCACCUAAUGGGAAAAGCGGGAUUCUCAGAGCUGAUUGCUUGCAUGGAAGGAACUAUCCAGACUUUCCAAGAGUUCUGAUUGAUGGGCCCUAUGGAGCACCAGCACAGGACUACAAGAAAUAUGAAGUGGUGUUGCUAGUGGGGUUAGGAAUUGGGGCAACACCAAUGAUCAGUAUUGUGAAGGACAUUGUGAACAAUAUGAAGGCCAUAGAGGAAGAAGAAAACGGUUUGGAAGAUGGGAGUACAGGUGCCAACAGUUUAGCAACUUGUGCAAGUCCUUCCCCUGCGGCAGCAAAAAGGAGAAAAUCAGGAUGUAGGAGCGGCAAAGCUAACAACUUCAAGACAAGAAGAGCAUACUUCUACUGGGUUACAAGAGAGCAAGGGUCUUUCGAGUGGUUCAGAGGGAUAAUGAAUGAAGUGGGUGAAAGGGACCACAAGCGAGUGAUAGAGAUGCACAAUUACUGCACCAGUGUAUAUGAAGAGGGGGACGCCCGCUCUGCUCUCAUCACCAUGUUACAGGAACUCAACCAUGCCAAGAACGGCCUCGACAUUGUCUCUGGCACCUGCGCUAAAUCCCAUUUCGCGAAGCCUAACUGGCGCAAUGUCUACAAGCAGAUUGCUCUCAAUCACACUAAUGCCCGAGUUGGGGUGUUUUAUUGUGGGACACCAGCACUUACAAAGGAACUAAGACAUCUCGCGUUGGAUUUCUCCCACAAGACCUCCACCAAAUUUGAGUUUCAUAAAGAAAACUUUUGAUCACCAUGGAUAAGGAUUUGAAGAUCAUCAACCCCCCAUUAAAUAAUUCUCCAAGCCCACCAUCCCAAUCUUCCUCAUGUACGGUAAGUAACUUUUUCUGUGAUAUGGAAUUAUGUAUGAUAAAAGACCCAACCAUCAGUGGCAGGGGAAUGCCUCACGAGAUGGAGACUGAAAAAAAGAUAAAUGCUUUCGGACAAGAGUGUGCAGGUGGAGCUGUUAGGAUGAGGAUCACCUAAUAUUAAGGCUCUUUUGGUAUUACCUUUUUUUUUUAUUAUUUCCUUUUGUGAAAAGUGUUUGUCAAUGAAAAUAACAUAAAAGUCAGGUUAUGAAGA